CCGCCCCCGGCCCGGGAAGGAUGCGGAGGCCGCGCGGCGGCGACUCACACUGCAGCCCCGGGCGGCGCGCGCGGCUGGCUCGCAUCGGGGCCGGGGCGGGGACCGGGGCCCGAGGCCGCCGAGGGGGCGCGCGCCCCACAGUCCUGCGCCGGGCAUGGGGCGCCAGGCGACUGCCUGAGGCCGCGGAGCAGCGGGCGGCCGGGCAGGCGGCCGCGGCUGCGGCCGGCGGAGAUGCGCGGGGUGCUACUGCGGAGCGUGCUCGCGGCCCUGUUGCUGCGCGGGCUGGGGGAGGGCUCUGCCCUCUUGCACCCUGACAGCAGAUCCCACCCUCGGUCUUUGGAGAAGAGCACCUGGCGAGCCUUCCGGGAGUCACAGUGCCACCACAUGCUCAAGCAUCUUCACAAUGGUGCACGGAUCACUGUGCAGAUGCCACCGACCAUCGAGGGACACUGGGUUUCUACUGGCUGUGAAGUGCGCUCCGGGCCAGAGUUCAUCACGCGGUCGUACCGCUUCUACCCCAACAACACCUUCAAGGCCUACCAGUUCUACUAUGGCAGCAACCGCUGCACUGACCCGACCUACACACUCAUCGUCCGGGGCAAGAUCCGCCUGCGCCAGGCCUCCUGGAUCAUUCGCGGGGGCACCGAGGCUGACUACCAGCUGCACGGCGUGCAGGUCAUCUGCCACACGGACACGGUGGCCGAGCAGCUCAGCCAGCUGGUGAACCACACGUGCCCUGGCUUUGUGGCCAGGGGUCCCUGGGUACAGGACGCAGCCUACGACCUGUGGCGGGCUGAGGGCGGCUGCGAGUGCACCCAGGCCCUACGCUUUGCCAUGCAUGAGCUGCAACUGCUCCGCGUGGAAAAGCACUACCUGCACCGCCUGGACCAUCUGGUGGAGGAGCUGUUCCUCGGCGACAUUCACACAGAUGCCAGCCAGAGGAGGUUCUACCGGCCAUCCAGCUACCAGCCGCCCCUGCAGAGCGCCCAGAACCAUGACCACACCUGCAUAGCCUGUCGCAUCAUCUACCGCUCAGACGAGCACCACCCUCCACUGCUGCCCCCGAAGGCCGACCUGACUGUGGGCCUGCAUGGCGAGUGGGUGAGCCAGCGCUGCGAGGUGCGCCCCGAAGUCCUCUUCCUCACGCGUCACUUCAUCUUCCAUGACAACAACCACACCUGGGAGGGCCACUACUACCACUACUCGGAUCCCGUGUGCAAGCACCCUACCUUCACCAUUUACGCCCGAGGCCGCUACAGUCAUGGGGUGCUGUCCUCCAGGGUCGUGGGCGGCACGGAGUUUGUGUUCAAAGUGAAUCACAUGAAGGUCACCCCCAUGGACGCGGCCACGGCCUCGCUCCUCAAUGUCUUCAACGGGAACGAGUGCGGGGCCGAGGGCUCCUGGCAGGUGGGUGUGCAGCAGGAUGUCACGCACACCAACGGCUGCAUGGCGCUGGGCAUCAAGCUGCCCCACACAGAGUAUGAGAUCUUCAAGAUGGAGCAGGAUGCCCGGGGGCGCUAUCUGCUCUUCAAUGGCCAGCGGCCAAGCGACGGGUCUAGCCCAGACCGGCCGGAGAAGAGGGCCACGUCCUACCAGAUGCCCCUGGUCCAGUGCGCCUCCUCCUUGCCCAGAGCUGAGGACCUGUCUGCUGAUGGUGGGGGCGAGCUGCACGGCCGGGCACCAGGAACAAGAGCCUGGCCCCUGCUGCUGGCCGCCCUUGCCUGCUUCCUGACUCUGCCGCUCUGGGGCGGGCCCAGCUAGAGGUUUUUAGGAAGUUCUAUUUUUCUGAACUAGGAUUCCUUACCAUGUACAGAUUUUCUUUAUGAAAAGAAAAGACACUGAUUCUUUUGAUGCACUUGAAUGCUCCUUUUCCCCUCUCCCUCCCUGCCCGUUUGAAGUCUCUGCUUUGAACUCUGUCCAGCCUGAUCCCUGGCCCCAGCGAGUUUGCAACAGUAAUUGCACUUUAAGUCCUCGGAGUUUCUGCUGGUGUGUUUGGUGGAGGCAGUGGGGGUGAGCGCUGGGUCCUCUUAUUUCUGUCCUCCUAAACAUUUGAUUUCUGAGUUGGGCUUAGAAGAGCCUUUGCCAAGCUGUAACCUUUCCUGCGCGUUGACUGCAAUUGCCCCCCGCCCAACCCUCCUCAGAGAUGUCUCCGAGGUUUAUGUCCUCGAAUCGAAUCGGUGCACAGCUGGUUUGGGACUGCGAUCAAGGCCUUGCACUGACACACAGAAGAUGUGGGUGUAGAUAUGUACAGAGGAGGGGGCGUGAGGUUCAGCUGGAUUUCUUUACAGAAACGGGAGACCAUCGAAACUUUCAGAAGUGCUGCAAGGAAAAGUGUAAUUAAAGUUCCAAAGUAAUUUAAACUA